CUUUCUCAUGUCUGCCUUGGUAUCGUAGGUAAUAGGUAAUACCUUAUGAGUAUGAACGAACCAAGGUAGAUUGCGGUAAGAGCAUCUUCAACUCAGUCUAACCAGAGAGGUAACGACGAAAUGCGAUUGAUCAACAGCAGCACGCUCGAGCUAAGGGACUUCGGUCCCCGCCCUCCGCCGUACGCGAUUCUAUCCCACACGUGGGGGGAUGAAGAGGUGACCUUCCAGGAUAUGGCCGACCUAGACACAGCACGCAAGAAGGCAGGGUUUGCCAAAAUCGAACAGUUCUGCCGACGGGCCUCCAGCGACGGAUUUGAUUGGGUCUGGGUCGACACCUGCUGCAUCGACAAGACAUCCAGUGCUGAGCUUUCGGAAUCUAUCAACUCCAUGUUCAGGUGGUACGAGCGCGCCCAGAGGUGCUACGCCUUUCUCAGCGACAUCACGGAGGGGUGGACUCCUGCCGUGACGUACAAGACGCAGGGAAUGCCCGACAACUUGCGCCACCUUAACCCCGCAUUCCUCCAAUCACGCUGGUGGCAACGCGGUUGGACUUUGCAGGAGCUCAUUGCCCCACGAGAUGUGGAAUUCUACAACGGGCGCUGGGAACAUCUCACAUCUAAGCGUGCCUGCAAAGUCGCCAUCUCCGUCAAGUAUGGCAUACCAUUGCGGAUCCUGAACCAGUCAGCACCUCUCGCUUCCAUCUGCGUAGCAGAGAGAAUAUCUUGGGCUGCUGCGCGACAAACCACCCGGGAAGAGGACAUGGCAUACUGUCUGCUUGGGCUAUUGGACGUCAACAUGCCGUUGCUUUAUGGCGAGGGUUUGACCAAAGCCUUCCUACGGUUGCAGGAACAGGUCAUCGCCGCCAAUGAGGAUCAUAGUCUUUUUCUGUGGGGUGUCUAUCCGGACUGGUUGCCUAAUAGGCCCCCAUAUACCCAUAAGACCAUAACCGAUCGCGAUCUACGAGUCACUCUCCCGGCCAGCUGGUGGUUUCCUAUCGGAAGCAGUCUGGCGGGGUCACCUCGCGAGUUUCGCUUUUCACCCUGGCGAUGGUGGUCCAGCGUCGAUCCCAUGCUGGGCAUGGGAGAACCGCCGCAGCUCACAAGCCGUGGACUCCGUCUUUCCCUCUUCGUCAGGGCGGUCACCGAUGAAGACAUUCAUGGGAACAAUGAAGUUUCUCGGACGCUAGAUCUGUUCUUCAGUUGGCUCAAGGCGCAAAAGUUCGACGCCUUUGCGGAAUGGCUGCGACCCGGCGGUGGUGGACUUGCACGUCCUCUGCAUCUUGGGGCAUUUCCAUGCAGUAGCGGCCUACAUUUUACGCGGCCUUUGCCUUGUAUUCUGUUGCUCGACAUACACAGCUUUACGCAUAUUGCCGCCAAGUCCAAGCCUCUUAAGGUGCCAGAGUAUGCCAGGCUUCAGUGCUUUCUGUAUCGCCUUCCCUCAGAGGAGCUCGACCGCAAUAAGUCCUGGGUGCUCAGAACUUGUUAUAUGAAGACGCUACUAGACUCGGAGCUGCGUCGCAGCGGGGUCCAUCUGAGUCCCAUCGGGUUCAGAGCCGGCCCAGAGCACCUUUGGACGUGGCUGACGCCGAGGCUCGGAAUCCGUCAGUAUGCUUAUUAUUUCAACACGGUGAACAAGGUGAAUCGGAUGGGAAAUCGCUGGUGUCUUCACCUUCAGGCAACUGAUAUGUUUCCUGGGGCCUUCAUAUCCGUGGCAGAGCAGAACGGUCGUCACUAUUGGAUGGAUUGUCGUGUUGGCAUUGGCAGGUGGAGCGAUGUUGUCAGUGAGUCCGAGGCGGAAAGAUUCGCAACGAAGGACCUCAGCAGUCUAUGGGUGGAAUUGCCGAAUGAAACUGGCCCGGUCUGUGAGAGUCGACUGGAGUUCGCGUCCGGGUCUCUACUCGUUAACCUCUACAAUAGGAGCCACGAUGGAGACAUCUCCUAUGGGGUGUAUUUGGGCUUCAUAUGGCGGAGUGACGAUCCCGGGACACCCGGGGGGGCGGCAAACGACCAGCAACUACUGGAAAGUAAUGAGUAAAUUGGAUUUUACAUCGCAGGGAAGGAAAUGAUGAAGGAGGAUGCAACUGGUUGAAAGACGGGUGAGGGGUUCAAAGGGGAAUCCAACCAGAAUGUCGAGCAAUACGGCGAGACAAUGGGAGAUUAUCCUGACAAAUGACGAAUGUGUUACUAUAAUGCCAGGCCUCAGACCAUCGCCAUAGGAUGAUCAAUUACGGGGUCGUGGAGACCUCUGCAUUCGGCCUGAAAGCUUCCAUAAUAGUAUCCGAAGGAGCCUGUCGAAGAAGAAACCGGUAAGGCAACUCCACGACGAGGUCUUACUGUU